AUGGCGAGGGAGAACAGCUACCUAGGGCUGCGCGGGUCACGUUUGAAGGUUGCCAUGGUGCUGCUCAUCGUCGCGCCCAGCUUUCUUCUUUUCGGCUACAACAACGGUUCUACUGGAGGAAUUGCUACGUUAGAGUCUUUUGUAAAGCAAUUUCCGUCACUAGACACAGUAAACACUGAAGGUGCCCAAAAAACAUAUAAUGCCCGUAUCAAAGGCGUUGUCACUGGAUCCUACGAUCUCGGAGCCGUCGUCGGUUCUCUGCUAUGUAUUAGUUACAGUGACCGCAUCGGCCGAUUGCGAACUACUCUAAUCGGACUGGUUCUGUCAAUCAUCGGUCUGGCACUAGAGUCAUCGGCUUUUAGCCUCGGCCAGUUCCUCGUGGGAAGAUUAAUUGUUGGGGGUGCUAUUGGUACUAUAAGCAGUGCCAUCCCUGUGUGGCAGUCUGAGUGUUCAACUUCGGCGCACAGAGGCGCGUUUGUUCUUCUGGAGGGUGUCUGCAUCAGCGGUGGCAUUACUCUGUCCGAGUGGGUUUCAUUCGGCUUUUCAUUUUCCUCCGUCGAAGCCGUACAAUGGCGCGUGCCGUUGGUCUUCCCUGUUAUACUUGCUAUAUUCGUGAUUCCUUUCAUCUUCCUACUCCCCGAAUCACCUCGCUGGCUGGCCCGAAAGGGUCGUCUAGAAGAAGCAAGAAUCGUCCUUGCGGCUCUGGAAGACGAAGAAGAAACCUCCUUGAGAGUCCAGGAGGAAAUGGCCGAGAUCGAACGAUCCUUGUCAGCAGUCAGCGGCAGUCUGAAAGAGUUGACCCGAAACGGAGAAGAGCGAGUCUUGCACCGCACCGUACUGGCCGCAUGUGGCCAGAUGUUCCAGCAGAUGUGUGGUAUCUCAGCCAUGGUGUUUUAUACCACCACCAUUUUCGACGACUUGGGAUUUACCGGCCUCAAGUCUCGCAUUUUGGGCGCCUGUCUCACCAGCUUUCAGACUGUUUCUUCAUUAUUACCGCUUUUCUUAAUCGAUCGAUAUGGCCGGCGCAAACUUUUCAUGAUUACAGGUACUGGUCUUGCCCUCUCCACCGCCGUGCUCGCAGGCACAGGUGGUAAGUCGCAAGGCUCCGCCGGCACUGCCGCGGUUGUGUUUGUAUUUCUCUUUGACUUUUUCUAUCCAAUGGGUUUCCUGGGCCAGACAUUCUUGUAUGCCUCGGAGCUGGCGCCUCUGCGUCAUCGAGUUCCCAUCACGGCCAUUGCCAACGCAACUCAAUGGCUGUGCCAGUUUAUUGUGGCUCAGGUCACUCCCCCGGGCACAACCAACCUGGGAAGUCAUUAUUGGAUUAUAUUCGCAGUUCUCAACGCGACAUUUGUGCCACUGGUUUAUUUCUUUUUCCCUGAAACAAGUGGUCGCUCGUUGGAGGAGAUGGAUGCCAUCUUUCGAGAAUCAAAAAGCGUAUUUGAUGUUGUCAAGGUGUCGAGGCAACUGCCGAGACAUGAAAAUUUAUCUGCACCAAUUUCGGACAAGUCAUCGGGUGAGUCACCUGUUGAGGUUGCCGCAUGGAAGCCAAAAUAUGUUCAGGAGGAAAAUGUAUAA